AUGCCUAAUACCUUCAUCUGCGCGGCGGUCUCUGUUUCGUCCGUCCUUGUCGUCGGCUACAUCACCGCCGGACUCCUUAUCUACGCCGAUUUCCGUACUUUUUAUUCUUCAGCUCUUGAUGACGUGGCAGAGUUCAAUGUACGUUUUUAUCAGUGCCAUUUCUGGUUUAACUCUAAAAUGCUUUCAGAAAUUCGCAACGGAAGCCUGGGAUGACAUGAUCGAAAUCAACCGUUCGGUGGUGAGACAAAAGAGAAGCGGCGAGUCGAAGUGCGGGUGCAUGAACAAGGCGAACAACUGUCCAGCCGGGCCAAUCGGACCGCCGGGAGAACCAGGAGCGCCCGGAGACGACGGAUUCAACGGAGACGCCGGACAGCCGGGGCCCGACUUCCCGCUUUUCGACCAAUCGCUGAUUUACCAGAGACCUCCGUGCAUUCGCUGCCCGGCUGGAGAGCCAGGACCGCCAGGACCAGACGGAGACCAAGGCGAGCAGGGACCACCGGGAGCUCCAGGAGCCGACAACUUCGAGGUAGGAAAGGACGGAGAGCCAGGAGUCGAGGGAGCGCCCGGAGAUGCCGGAGAGACGGGAGCCGAGGGGGAGCCGGGAAUGGACGGAGCACCGGGAGCCAACGGAACAAAAGGGAUAGGAAUGCCGGGAGCACCGGGAGCUCCAGGAUUGGCGGGAGUCGAGGGGACGCCAGGAAAGGACGGAGAGCCGGGAAUUCCGGGACCGGAGGGGGAAGAAGGACCGGCCGGACAGCCGGGAAUGGACGGGGAACCAGGAGCGGACGGAGAGACCGGUGGGUGAAUUCAGAUAAUAAAUUGAGAAAGAGAUAAAUUUCAGGACCGUACGGACCGCCAGGAUCACCGGGACCGGAUGCCGCCUACUGCAGCUGUCCGCUCAGAUCCGCCCGUCUCGUCUUCUAA